CUAUCUAGGUUAUCAUUGCAUUCCAACGGGAACGCUAUUUCAAUUCCCCCCUUAUCCAUGAAAAGCCCUAUCCCUGAUUUAACUUGCAGAAACCCCUGACCGAGAUCCGUCCCUACACCACAUCUCCCCGCCCCAGUUUGAUAAUAGUAUGCAAAUGGAGUGUGAUUAUGGCGGAGCAAGUGCAAUUCUUGAAUCAGUUCAUGGUGUAAGUGUCAUUAUGGUUGAGCAAGUGCAACUCUCAUGGUGUAAGUGUCAUUAUGGUGAAGCAAGUGCAACUCUUGAAUCAGUUCAUGGUGUAAGUGUCAUUAUGGUGGAGCAAGUGCAACUCUUGAAUGAGUUCAUGGUGUAUGGCAUUGGAAGUUUGCAGACCUGUUUUAAGGACCAUUUGACAGGGAAGAGGCCACAUCUUCAAAAUGUCUUCCUCCUCCCCUCAUUACAAGAGCUAUGUUAUGGCCCUCCUUGCUUGCUUGCACUAUUGAUCGGGAUUAUUUUGGUAGCGUGUUCAAAGCUUUAAGCUAGAGUUUCCAAUUCCAGCAUUUGGGUCUUAGGACGAUGCCCAUGAAACAUUCUGUGUAGUUUUUGUUGGCGCUCCUGCUGUCCUCGAAGUUUGGCCUGAAGUUUAUAGACUUUUUACAUUUUAUUAUCUAACUGUCCUCCUGUUUAAAUCCUGGUGGGGAAUUUUGGGCCUGAAAUAAAUCUUUGUAAAAGCAAAGGUGAAAGUUUGUUAAGGACAACACAUUCUAAGGACCUAAACUGACAGUAGAUACACGAUGGCAAGCUACAUAAUGAAGAUGACAAGUAAGCAAAGAGGCCUUCAACUUGCUUUCUUUGCUAACACAUUUACCCCAUUUCAAGUUCCCAACCUAUGAUCCUUGGGAACAAGGAUCAAAUGAAGCAAGGGGGCAUUAUAACCUAUUUAACUAUAGGAAUUAAUAUACCAGUCCUAGUGAUGGGGUGGAAACAUCUGGCGUAGAGCGUGUUCAAAGUUUCUAUUCUCAAACUUUGGAAUCAAGUCUUUAGUGCAUUUAUAUACGGUUUCUUAAUAUAAAGAAUCAGUGAAUGAAAAUUACAAAGUUUUGUUUUCCGUAUAUCCUCUCUGUUCUUUCACCCCUUUUCUGUUUUUCUCCCUUUUUCUUAAAACUUCUCUAUAACAAUUACACAGCCCUAGGAUUUGUUACAUAAAAAUGCAACAUUUACUAUUAUAUGAAAUUUUUUUCCUGUCCCCCUCCCCCUCUACUUUAAGAAAAAUUGGUAUCAUUAAGUGAACAGAAACAGUAUUGUGCCAUAACCAUCUUCAUGUUCGUGCAUUAUAAUCAAUAGCACGUGUUCAUCAAUUUGAGGGCAUGGAUUAUCAUUUCAAUAACCUAAGAAUCAAGCAUUGAGGAUGUUUAGGUUGACAUGGAAAACAGAAUGGCUUUAUUGUGUUAUGCUUGGUAGUAUAUUUUGAGGAAUGGGACUGGAAAUAAGAGAUUGUCUCUGCAUUAACUAUUAAUUAAAAACUUUUUAAUAAGCAGGACAGUUUGGAAUGCUGAAAUGGGCAUCCAAGCCAGAAAUGGUAAUGAUCGUCUCCGAACAAUUUGGACACCUGAAAUGGAUCGCUAUUUUAUUGACCUUCUACUAGAGCAGGCUAGCAAUGGAAACAAGUUCGAUGAUCAUCUAUUUAGCAAAAAAGCAUGGAAGCAUAUGACCUACUUGUUCAAUGCAAAAUUCAAAUUCCAAUGUGAAAAGGAUGUUUUGAAAAAUCGGCACAAAACACUGAGGAAUUUGUAUAAGGCUGUCAAGAAGCUCCUUGAAUAUAAGGGCUUCAGCUGGGAUGAGAAUCGACAAAUGGUGACGGCUGAUAAUAAUGAUUGGGAUGAAUAUAUUAAGAUACAUCCAGAUGCACGUGCAUUCAGAAUAAAAACUAUACCAUAUUAUAGUGAUUUGUGCUUAAUAUAUGGAGAUCCAACCGUUGAGAAAAAAGGUGACAAUGUGCCAGAGUCACUGCCUUUGCUACUAACUUCUGAGAAUGAAGAAGUCACAACCACCCAGCCAAAUAUUGGUAGUGAGGGAGUUGCUGAAAUUCUUCAAGAAAUCACAAUUGAUGAAGAUUACAGAAUAUGUGUUUCAGAAGUAGUGGAUGAUUCUAUGACAAAAGGGGUAGGGGAUGAUGUGCAAGAGGCUGCACCAAAUAUCACAGGAAGCAUGGCAAGCAACCGCACUCGAACAUAUUGGCAACCACCAAUGGACCGCUAUUUCAUUGACCUUAUGCUUGAACAAUGGCAGAAAGGAAAUCAGAUUGAUGGUGUAUUCCGGAAACAAGCAUGGAUGGACAUGAUUGCAUCUUUCAAUGUUAGGUUUGGCUUUAACUAUGACGUGGAUGUUUUGAAAAAUCGCUUCAAAACUCUGAGAAGGCAGCAUAAUGUUAUAAAGAAUCUCCUUGAAUUAGAUGGGUUUGCUUGGGAUGACACUCGUCAAAUGGUAACUGCUGAUGAUUAUGUUUGGCAAGACUAUAUCAAGACGCAUACAGAUGCACGGCAGUUCAUGACCCGGCCUAUCCCAUAUUAUAAAGAUUUGUGUACGAUAUGCUGUGAUCAAGACAGUGAUGAGAGAGACUACUUCUCUGCUCAAUAUGCAGAGCUGCAAAAUGAUUUCAAGAUUGCCAAGUCUUGUGGAAUGCCACAGGGCUCUCAGUCGCCAGCUGCAUCAAAUUCCAGUGGAGAUGAAGUUGGUGGUAUAUCAGACACUGCUCACACAGCUUCAAAAUCCAGUGCACCUACACAGAAGAACAAACGUCGAUUAGAAAACCAAUCAAAUUCUGCUCCCCUCAAAAAGCUCCGCGGUGAUGAAGAUGGCAUGGCUAGUGCCCUUCGUGAGAUGGCAACUGCAGUCUCAUCUUUAUCAGAUAAAAGGAAGGAUGAAAACUCAAACUCCAACUCUAUAGAGAAAGUAAUUGAAGCUAUCCAAGCAUUGCCUGAAAUGGACGAAGACCUUGUAUUAGAUGCCUGUGAUUUAUUAGAGGAUGAAUUGAAAGCGAAGACCUUUAUGGCACUGGAUGUUAAAUUGCGAAAGAAAUGGUUAUUGAGGAAGCUUCGCCCAGAGUCAUAGGUGAUCUUUGAAGUUUACACUUCAUUCUUUAGCUGGCCAUAUUUGGAUCUAGUUUUUUUUUGCUAGGCUGCGUAGGUUUACAUGCUCGCCACGGCUAAUGUAAAUUUAGUGGAUUUUUGAGGACUUUACCCCUUGAAAAUAGAACAGUUCGGAAUGUAAUGACGUAAAUUCAGAGAACUAAAAAAUAUAUCCAUUUGAUUCUGUGAUAGAUUGGGAUAUGAAUGACAGCAUCACAUGAAGCGAACUUUUCUAUUCUUAAACACAA